CACAUCCUGCUCUAUCUCAGUCUCUUUCUUUUAUCCUCUCCGACAGGUAUCUCUCUGGAAAACUGCUGUGCCUCGAUCAAAUUAUUUGAGCAGAUUAACUUUCAGGACAGCGUGAUUUAUCCAACCUUGAGAGCAUCAAUCUCUCUCAUCAUGUCCACUAAACCCAUCCAGUCCUACCAUGAAGGGGCCUACAAGUCCCUCAUGAAAGGUUUGAAAGAGCUGGACUUCCGGAGCUCCAGUGUUCCCUGUGACCUGGUGCUAACUGGAGACCAAGCCUUUCCAUUAGCAGUAAACAGCGAAGGCCAGGUCCUGGUGGCAGCCUCCCAGUACGGCCAUGGGAGGAUUGUGGUCCUGGCUCAUGAGACCUACCUGACCACCUUUCCUGCUCUGGUAGAGAAUGCUCUGACCUGGCUGAGAGGAGAUGGAUCUGACAACCUGUCUGUGGGGGUCCAAGAAUACGUCAAGGCAGUCGCUGAUAACCUCAGCAAAUCCAGCUUCCAAGCCAAAGUUGUGGGGGCCUUCAGUGACAAACUGGGGGUUGGUGUGUAUGUGACGGACGCCUACAGCGCGGGUGCAAACAUGAAGGAGCUGGUGGCGUUUCUGAAAGCUGGAGGAGGGGUGCUGAUAGGGGGGCAGGCAUGGCACUGGGCUACACAAAACCCUAAAGCAAAUGCAUUUCUGCAAUUUCCAGGGAACAAAGUGUCUGGAGUUGCAGGAAUCUACUUUUCUACAGCUUAUGGGGGGAAAGAGGUCCUGCCUGUCCAGCCUCAGAUCCCAUCCUCACUGAAGACUUUACGUGCAGGUAAAGAUUUCAAGGAUGACCUGAAGGUCUUACACCAGGGGAUUUCGGAGUUUGACUUUGGGGGUGAUAUAAGUAUGUGUGAGGCCCUGGUCCACGGUCCACUGGCCUUCCCCAUUGGUACCACUGAAGAUGGACGGGCGUUCCUGGCAGGAAGCUACUAUGGGAAGGGAAGAGUUGUUGUGAUCGCACAUGAGUAUCUUCUGAAAGUAGAGACACUGGCGUCCCUUUGGACCAAUGCCAUUGAUUGGUUGGACCAAGGCCGGAACGGAGUUGUUGGUGUUGCGCCAGAUGUCAAACUUGCCAACAAGUCAGGGUUAAAGUUUGAGAAGACAAAGCUGAAGAAAGACCUGAGUGUAUUCGUUUGUAAUAUCUGGAGCGAUGAUCAUGCAGAAAUCCAAGACUUUGUGGCAGAGGGAGGAGGCCUCCUGAUUGGUGGACAACUGUGGUACUGGGCAUCGACACACUGGGGAAACCCAAUGACAGAACACUCAGGGAACAAAAUCCUGAAAAAAAUGGGCCUGGGCCUGAUGCCACCAAAAAUUUAUGGAGGAGGUUCCAACAAGCCCCUUGUACCUAACCAGGCCGUGAAGAACGCCAACCACUUCCGCCACCGUCUUCAGCGUUUUGCUGGCAGUGUUACACAGGGUGACAAACUUACCAAGGAUGAGGAAGAAAACCUUAAACAACUGGGCAUAGAGUGUGCCUACUUCUUGAAGAUGGAGGCUCAUGAGAGCUACCAGUACACACACGUGCUGUCCGUCCUCACUGACAUAAUGAAGAUAUCUGGCAUGCCACAGGUGAGUGAGAAGAACCCUGUGAAAACCCCCAAAGACCACCUGCUCCUCAGUGUGGGGCCAGAGGCGUAUAAAGUGUCCCCAGAUCGUGAUGCUCUCCUGCCGUACCUCAUCAAGGAUCUCCCCUCGUUGCCUUUGGUCAAUAACCAAAGAAUCAGGGUUACUGUUAACACUGCAGGAGGGGAGGAGUGGAUCAGUACAGGUCUGUACCUCUCCCCUGGGAUGAAGACUCAAAUAACCAUUCCAGCAAUGAUUGUCAACAAGAGCUGGGAGAUCCAGAUCAGUUGUCAGUCAGACACACUGAAUCAUGAUGAGUUGAAGAGAGCACCACGAGUUGUUGAGCGAUUUCCUGUUACCAGGGAGAGGAUGCAGCUGCAGAACAUGUGGGGAGGACUCAUCUACCUGGUGGCUCCACCCAACACAAAGGUGGAGGGGGCAGAGGUCAUAGUGCAACAAGCGAUAUCUGCUCCUUAUUACAAGUCUGGUGUGACAACAACAGCUGAGUGGUCAUCACUGCGCAAAGCUCCUGCACCCUGGGCAGAGAUGGAGUUUGACAACAUCAUCCUCACUGCACCAUCAGAUAGUGUUCGAGACCUGGAGCGACCUGAAGAGGUGGAGAGGCUUUGGAAUGAGAUCAUGAAGGGUGUCGCUGACCUGGCUGCCAUACCACAGAAACUUCCCCGAAAAGAGCGUAUUGUUGCAGAUGUGCAGAUUUCCUAUGGUUUGCUGCAUGCAGGAUAUCCUAUUAUGAUGUACUCAAAAUAUGCAAGUGAGCUGUUCAGUGUGAAAGAUGCCAAAACUGUGGGCAUUUGGGGACAACUUCAUGAACUGGGACACAACCAACAGAGACCCGCCUGGGAGUUCGGAGGCCACACCGGUGAGGCCACAUGCAACCUGUGGUCUGUGUAUUUGAGUGAAGAGGUGCUGGGAGUCGACAGAGCAAAGGCACAUUCAACUGUGGCUCCAGCUGCUCGGAAGAAUACUAUAGACAAGUAUGUUAAAGAGGGCAGGCAACUCAGCAAAUGGGAAGUCUGGACAGCCCUGGAGACAUACCUGCAGCUCCAGGAAAAGUUUGGCUGGGAUGCCUUUAAGAAGGUGUUUGGUGUCUACCACAACAUAACCAGGUACCCAAGUGACAAUGAGGGAAAGAUGAACCUGUUUAAUGAAACCUUCUCCAAGGCUGUCGGCAUGAACCUGUCUGGGUUCUUCAAAUCCUGGGGCUGGCCCAUCAUACGAGAUACCGAGGAGAAACUCUCAAACCUGCCUCCCUGGAAUGACCAUCCCAUGCUCAAAUAUGAGUAAAUUUCAUCUUGUAGCUGAUUAAAGAAAGAUGGGUGUUAGUUUAUAACUGGGGUGUAAUCUUAAUACAUUUUUUAGGACACAAGUAACCCCCAAUAUACAGAAAAUUCUCCCUCUUUGACCAUUUUUGUGCUCAUAUAAUGUGCAUACAUUUUGGCACCAAUCAAUGUUACUUUCAAGCACAAUGGUGAACCUUGAGCCCACAUAAUGCAUUGACACUGGUGCAGGUUGUGGCUGGACUGGAUACUAGUUCUGCAUAGACGCUUAGGCAAUACAUAAUCCAAGACUUUAUUUCCGUAACAUUUAACAGGAAAGUGAUGCUGAAAUGAGUGGGGUCUGCUCUCUAUGAUGAAACUUAACAACAGGUGUGUCAUGGUUUGGGUGUUAUGUGUUGGUUUUUUGUUAUAGUUCUUGUUUUAUUUUGUAGUUUUUAUCCUCAUGUGUCAUGUCUGCCUCUCCACUUCCUCCCCAUUGUGUGUUUCCCCUCCUUUUUUUGAUGAUUUAGUUUCACCUGUGCCUGAUUGGCCUCUUGUGUUUUUGUUAUGGUGCCUUCCUCCUCUCUUUGUCUAUUUUCCCGCUCUUUUUGCUCCUCACCUGUGCUCUAUUAGUUGAUCAUACUCUGUGUAUAUAAGUUUCUGUCUUCCCCUCACUCUUUGGUUUGUCUUUAGUGUUCCCUGGUCCUGUGUUUGCUCGGUGUUUUGUGCCUUGUUUUUUACCUUUGUGCUUUUCUCUGAUCUUUGCCUUGUUUUUGGUUAAUUCUUAACCAUUAACCAUCUUGUCACCUGCUGUUUGUUGGGUUUAUUUGGAUUUUGCAUUCUGGACUUUAUCAGUUAUUAUAGAAACAUGCUUUUUGUUUAAAUAAUGUAAAAAAUAAUGUAAUAAUGGUAAUAAUUUAAUAAUGGUUGCUUCUGUGCCUGCAUUUGGUUCCACACCUUUCAGCGGUCUGCUAAACUCUUUCCAGUCUACGCAUGACAUAGUAUGUCAAAAAAAAGUUAAAGUAUAGUUUGUCAUGAAAAUCACAUUUUUUUUCUGUAUAGUAUGUCAUACAG